AUGUCGAAAUUUGGUAGACGAGAUAGUUUGGUACAUCAAGCUAGCGUUGAUCGCUUACAAAAUGCUGCAAUAAAGCAACAAAAUGUUGAAAAACAUCGGCGAGAAAUUGCGGAAUCAUUAGAAUAUGCUCGAAUUCUAAAAUUACUAAACGAUGAAGGAAUCGAAUUGAUUUGGUCGUCCGGUGCUAAUGUAUCGAUGAGAAUCGCUGUUAUAUUAGCUGCGGAAGCUUUGCUUCAUUAUUUACUUUAUUCUUCAACAGAGGAUAGCACUCAAUUUUUGUCAACAAUUUUGAUGGAAUAUAAAAUAAACGGUGUACGUCUGAAACAUCUGGAAAUACGUCCGGAACAAAAACAAAAUGAAUCAUUUGUAGUAUGCGAUAUGAAGAAAAAUUUGAAAGUGAAGUUUGAAAUUUUUACUGAUUGUGAAUGCACGAAAGAUGCAUUUCUGAAUGUAACAAAAUGUCUAGCAGAUCGGUAUCACAUCUUACGAUUAAAUAUUUAUGGUAGUACCGAUGGAUCAUUUGAAAAAGCAUUCUGUUCAUUUGUGCUAACAUUUUCGCAAAAACAACAAGGACAUGGUGAUAACGCAUAUAUUCAACGAAGGGAACAAUUGAAUGUAAUUGCCAAAGCUUAUAAAUAUGGCGAUAAAUUGCCAGAUAUUGAAUAUAGUCCAGAAGAGCACAAAACUUGGGAAGUUGUUUUCAAUAAAUUGAAAUCAUUGCACUCCUCCCAUACUUGUAUGGAAUAUCAGCAAAAUUUUAAACAAAUGGAAUUGGAAGGCCUUCUAGAACCUACUCGAAUACCAAAAUUAUCGCUUGUUAAUAAAUAUCUACAACGUAAAAUUUGCAAAGUUUCUCAAAAUUCUCAUCAAUGUAUUGCUCAAUGUCAUAGAAUAAUUAAUUGUGUUUAA